AUGGUAUGGGUCCAUGGAGGCGCUCUGAUAACUGGCACUGCCACGUGCUACAAUGGAUCAGCCCUGGCUGCCUAUGGGGAUGUGGUGGUGGUUACAGUCCAGUACCGCCUUGGGGUCCUUGGCUUCUUCAGCACUGGAGAUGAGCAUGCACCUGGCAACCAGGGCUUCCUAGAUGUGGUAGCUGCUUUGCACUGGGUGCAAGGAAACAUCACCCCGUUUGGGGGUGACCUCAACUGUGUCACCAUCUAUGGUGGAUCUGCCGGUGGAAGCAUCAUCUCUGGCCUGGUCCUGUCCCCGAUGGCUGCAGGGCUGUUCCACAGAGCCAUCACACAGAGUGGGGUCAUCACCACCCCAGGGAUCAUCGAGUCUCACCCCUGGCCCCUAGCUCAGAAAAUCACAAACACCUUGGCCUGCAGCUCCAGCUCCCCGGCUGAGAUGGUGCAGUGCCUUCGGCAGAAGGAAGGAGAAGAGCUGGUCCUUAGCAAGAAGCUGGUAUGGCCACCCUUUUGGGGAUGGUGCCGGGCAAUGGCACAGAGGGGGUUCUAUCCAUCCCUUGCAGGGGCAGAGGGGCAGUCUACUCCCAGGUGGGGCUGGGGACAGCAGCUCAUGAGGGGAAGGGGCUGA